AUGGACCCGCGGUUUCGCUAUCCCGCACCCUCCGGCCGGCGGUCGCCGCCGCUGCACAACCCAGCGCGGGCCUCGAUGCCGGUAAACAUUGGCAGCAGCUAUCCGUCUGCCGUCUACGGGGCCGACCCUCACGCCUCGCAGCCGCAUGUGACCUCCCGAUACGACGACCCGAUCACCCCGCGGACCCAGGCCACUGUGGACUACCGCAAUGCUCCAGCCGUCCCAACGCCGCCACAGCUGCACAAGACACAGCCGCCGCUUGCCGCCGCAGCGGCAUCCGCAGCCUCGGGCCAACCUUCUUAUCCUCCUCACCAUCAGCAUCAGCUUGGUGCCUCCCAGGACCCUGCCCAUCUUCAUCACCACCACCACACGCAGCACCAGUCCUCGAUGCCGCCCCCACCUCCGCCUACGACCACCACGCGCACGUACACCGUCACCAAAGAUCCGCUUGCCCGCAGCACAAGUCUGCGCGAGCCACCCCGAACCCACCGAGCAUCCAUGAACGAGUCUACGCAGAAGCGUCCAAUUAUUAUCACCACCACUACAGGUGGCAGCUCAGGCGCACCCUCCAGCUCUGCGACCGCGAGCCGUGGUCCUCCGUCCCCCAUCCGUGGCGAGUUCCGCACGCCCAGUGCAGACCUCGCGCGUGGUACCUCCACGCGCGAAGAUAACUAUUACUAUGCCAUGCCGGCGUCGACUGCAGCCCUGCGGACCCGCGAUGCCCGGUACUCGUACUCUGGUGCACCCAUGAGCGCCACGCUCGACGACGACGAGCUUAGCCGCUUGCGCGAACGCCAUGAUUCCAUUCAUGGAGCCCCACGUGUGGACUCAUUCCCACGCUCGCGGCUCAUGCCAACAUAUGUCAAUAUGCCGCGCCACGGUAGCGUCGCCUUGCCUGGCCCCGGUGGUGGCGGCUCGAUCGCUAGCGGUGCGGGGUCGGCGUCCCUGAGCGCGGUCCCAGCCGGCUCGGCGGCUAGUUCCGGUGGCAACAAUUACGGCGACCAAGGCUACGAAUACACUAAGCCGAGUGACUUAGCUCGCUAUGAUCUGACCUAUGAACACGCUGGCUCCUCCCGGCGCGGCCGCCGCGACAGCUUUGACCGCAACUACUACCGCCCCACGGUCAACCUGGCGACGGAAGUGGGCCGCCCAUAUGGGUAUGAGUCGAGUGUCCGGCGCCCCGCUGGCGGUAACAGUGCCGCUGGCGCCACCGGCCCCCCACCGACUACAUGGGGGCUGGACAAGAUCAACAGAACGACGACCUCGUCGGUUUCGUCUGCACAGGCUCCGAUCGGCUACGACCCAGUGGGUGCAAUGCGGCCUAUGGUGGUGCACGGCGCCGCUACUGGUACGGCCGCGACCACGAGCCUUGGGCCGCCAGCUUCUGUCAGCUCGAGCAACCAGAGCGCAUCCCGACAGAGAUCAGCAUCCCUCUACCAAAACCCACCAGGUGACUAUUACCGUAGCCGUGAUGAUAACGUAUCGCGCGAGAGACGGGGCGGCGACCGAGACCGCGACUAUAGAGAUCGCGAUUACCGCGACCGCAGCACCUUCCGCGAUGGUGACCGUGCAUGGGAUCGGGAGCGGGACCGCGACCCUGGUCGUGAGCGCGAUGGGCCCCGGGACAAAGGAAGAGACGGUGCGCGCGACGACGAAUGGGACCGCAAACGUGCCCGUGCGCCCCAAGAGUACUACGCUGAUGGCAGUGCCGCCAAUCGUGCUUUUGGCAUUCUCGUCAACAGCAGAGACAACAAGCUCCACCAGCAUCCAGAAUCGCAUAGUAAUUUGACUGGGCGCGGCGCUGGUGCUGCUGGCGGUGGAUACUAUGACGACCACCGUAACGCCUACACCGACGAGGGUAUGCGUCGGGAGCGUCGGGAGCCCCGUGGGGACUGCAGCGGUUCGCGCUACAACGAUACCGACCGAGAGUUUGUUCGUGGCCACCCGGAUCAGACUGAGCGGCUUGGUAUUGAAUCCCCCAAGCGCAAGGAGACAGACGACGACAUGUACGUCCAUCAUCCACAGGAGGGUAUGCGCCACUGGGACAUUAAUGAUCACCCUGACCGAGAGAGCGACUAUGACCUUCAUCGCGAACGUGAGCGCGAACUUCGCGAUCCCCGAGACCCCCGCGAAUACCGGCGGGAGCGGGAACGUAUACGAGAGAGCGACCGUGAGCGCGGUCCCCGUGACCACGAAAGAGAACGUGAGCGUGAGAGAGACCUCGACCGGGAACGUGAUCGCGAACGAGAGCGAGAGCGAGAGCGGGAGCGAGAGCGGGAACGAGCCCGUGAGCGCGACCGCGUCCAUGACCAUGACUAUGACCAUGAUUCUCGCCCACCGGUCCGCGCCGCCGACGAGGAAGUCGCCAACACCAAGAAGAGUCGCGAUACGAAUUCUUCUGGGCUUGGUGUUGCUGCUGCCGCAGCCACUGUUGCGGGCCUUGCUGCCUCGGCUGUAGCAGUUGAGCCGAACAGUCGUCCAGCCGAUAAGGCCGCAGAUGCCUCUAGCCGUCGCGAACCUUCUCGGCGGGAUAAGGACCGCAACCUGGAGAAUAGCCCCCAUUCUGCAGAUAGCCGCGGCCGUGAUCGUGAGCACGAAGGCCGACUCGGCCAGACCAAAUAUGAGAACGAUAGUGGAUCGGAAGCUAGCAACGUCUCCAAGACAUCCGCCUACACGAUACCGGCACCUGUUGCGGCUCCGCCUCCGGCCAGUGGUGACGUGGAUGCGGAAGGACCUCGGACACAUCCGGUUGACCGUACGCCUUCGACAUCGGAGGAUGGCGACUCUGACAAGGGAUCCACAGAACCCGGCACACGCAAGCGCCGCCACCACACCACCGCCUCCUUUGUGCCGACAAACACUGAGGAUCUUUUGGCGCUCAAGGCCGAGCUCGCCGCCUUGGAAGCUAAAGAUGGAAAAGACGGCAAAGGUGGAAACGAUGCCAAAGAUAGUAAGUCAUCAAAGAAGCACGACGGUGAUUCCGAUGAUGUCCCGCGAGGGCAUAAGGGCAGCAAGCCAAGCAAGGCCGAUAAAGGAGAAGCAGGAUCGCCCAAGAUCAUGACGCCAUCCUCAUCGCUCUCCUCUGCGCCACCUUCGCCCUCAUCGCGCCCUGUCGACCGCCCUGCCGCUGCCGCCGCCACUGCCGCCACCGUUGCUGCCGUGGCAUCAUCCAAGGGCAAGGCUAAGGAGAAGGAGACGCUUCGAGACGAAGGUCCAGAGCAUUCCCCGGAACGCAAGUCGGGUAGAGAGCUGGAAAUUGUGCCAGAGCCAGACGAUCAUGCCGAGAAUCGUCGUGGCCGCGACCAGAGCGAACCGCCGUCCAAGGGUACCGUUGUACGCCUCGUGUCACCGCCACGCGAGAAGAAAGAGAAACAGCCAGUCAAGGGCAUUCUCAAGACACCGAGCUCAAAGUUUCCCGAGGAAGCCAAUCCCAUCCGUGAAGGCGUGGCCCCGCACAAGGAUGACAAGACCAAGCAGCAAGGUGUGCCGCCAGGCGCACGAUGGACACGGAUCAGCCGCAAGCUGGUCAAUCCUGAAGCACUCACCAUUGGCAAAGAGCGCUUCGAAGUGCGUGACGACUUUGUCAUUGUUCUCCGCGUCUUAAGUCGCGAGGAAAUUGAAGCGUAUACGAUUGCGACUGCACAAAUUAGAGAUGCGCAUCGCAAGGAGUACGACCACAGCUCGCGGCAUCAUGACGAACGCGACAAGGAUAAGGAGAAGAGCAAAACCAAUGACAAGGACCGCGACGAGUCGAGAGUCGACGAUGAACGGCGGCGCCACCGCUCACACCGUGACCGUGACCGUGACCGUGACCGGGAUCGGGAUCGGGAUCGAGAUCGGGAUAGGGACCGCGACCGCGACCGUGACGGCGCUCGUGACGACGACGACGAAUACUAUGGCGGUGGUGGUGGCGGCAGCAUCAGCCGUGACGGACCCCGACGCCACCACCGACAUGAGUCCGACAGCUACGAUGCCAGUGACAGCAGACAUCCGACAAUUGAAUACCACAGCAGCCGUGGUUCCGGCCGGCAGUACCACCGCAAUUGA